GCAAAACCAGGCAAUUUUAGUUGAGACACUCAAGAAGGCAACAGAUGGUUACUUCAAUAGACAAUGUUCAGGUGUGUAGAGCAGGAGACUGGCACGAAAUCAUAAUACUCAUACUGAGACUCAAUGCUAAAAGAACUGGCUAAAUGCCCUCCAACGAUGCUAUAACAGUGACCCAUCUUCAGUUCCAGCUUUUGGUUUUCGCGUUUGCAUUCGCAGCGAGACAGGAAAGACUACAACUCCCAGCCUGCAUUGCGGUCGGUAUUUACACUGGGUCACAACUCACCCCUUUCGCUUUUCUGAAGAAGGGGCUAGGCCCGAAACGUCAGCCUUCCGGCUCCUCUGAUGCUGCUGUGUUCAUCCAGCUCUACACCAUGUUAACCCAUUGGUCGGUGUUUGUCCAGCAUUCCAUUGGUUAGGCCAACUUGCCCCCACCAUCAACUAACACGUACCCCCAUCCCUCCAUUCCUAUUGGUUAAGCCGACCCUCAACUGGACAAGCAGACACUCAAUCAUUCCGUGAAACCUCAAACCCCUUCGUUGAUAGGUCAAUCUGUCCAGCAUGCCGACGUCUGACUGGUCAAUCGGCCCGUCAACCAACCAGCCCUGGACACCAAUUGGCUCUGAGCGACACAGCACCGCCAUCUGAUUGGGCUAACAAGUCUGCGACACAAAAAGAAACCACGCCCACUACUUCAAACUGGAUUGCGCCCACGCGCUUCACAUGACUGUCAAUCAUCUCCCGUCCCUCCACCCAUGCCGAUUGAUGAGGCCGUCCUGCUACAUCCAUGAGGUCGAGCACACUGUUCAUCAUUCCUCAACCCGCACGUCUGUUCCGCAUUGACGCCGAUUUCACCCCACAGACCCGUCUGCUCUCAACGUCGAAGGACCAAGGCCGUCAAGCAUUGUCCACAUCGGACUGGUUGAGCGGCCCGUCAAUCAACCUCUGACCCGCCUACCCUCAACAGGGAAUGGCCAGUCCCUUAAGGGCCGUCGAAUCCGACUGGUUGGUCGGAACGUCAGUCGACCCCAGCCCGCCUACCUUCGACGUCGAUUGGCCGGGCCUUCAAGACUUGUUAUAUCCGGCUGGUCGAGGCGCCCGUCAAUCAGACCUGGACUCGCCUAUCCCCGAAGCAGUCAAGCAUGCCCGAGAUCCGAUUCGCCCAGACGAUCGUCAAACAGCCCCGUCACCCCACCCCCGCGACGCCGAUUGGCCGAGGGGUAAGAGGGCGUGCCGCGCUCCGACCGGCCGAAGGGCCUGUCAAACGCGCACACCCCGACCCUCCGAAGUUGGGAAAGGGCGGGGAACGAGGAGGAGGAGGGCCGGCUGAUGGCGGUGGGACUUUUAAACCGGGUUUAAGGCCUGAGGCGAACGCCUCGCUUCCCUCCGCCAUCAUGAGCGCGGCGGUUUUCUUCGGCUGCACCUUCAUCGCCUUCGGGCCGGCGUUCGGGCUGCUGCUGUUUACCGUGGCCGGGGACCCGCUGCGGGUGAUCAUCCUGGUCGCCGGCUCGUUCUUUUGGCUGGUGUCACUGCUGCUCUCCUCGCUGCUGUGGUUCGUGGCGGUGCAGCUCAGUAACAAGGCGAACGCCGGGGUUCAACACGGGCUGCUGAUGAUGGGAGCCGGGGCCUCUGUCUUACUCCAAGAGGCCUUCCGCUUCGCGUACUACAAGCUGCUCAAGAAAGCUGACCAGGGUCUCGCUGCGAUGAGCGAAGACGGGAGGUCGCCCAUCUCGAUCGGACAGAUGGCAUAUGUUUCGGGUCUCGCCUUCGGCAUUGCCAGUGGUGCCUUCUCCGUCAUCAAUGUACUGUCGGACUCGCUGGGGCCAGGCAUGGUGGGCAUUCACGGAGACUCGCCCUACUUCUUCCUUACCUCAGCUUUCCUGACCAUGGCUGUUGUCCUCUUACACACGUCCUGGGGGGUCGUGUUCUUUGACGCCUGUGAGAAGAGGAGGUGGCUGGCACUGACGGUGGUCGUUGUCACUCACAUGUUGACAUCUGGCCUGACGUUCCUGAACCCUCGGUACGAGUUGAGCCUCCCUCUGAUCUACGGCCUCACGAUCGCCACUGGAGGAUGGGCCUUUUCGACAGCGGGUGGAUCGGUGCAGAAUAUCUGGCGCUGUGUCACAUGCAGGCAGCCAUCUGACCCCUACAUUCUGGUCUAUUCAGCUCUGCAGCCACCAGCUGAGGAUUGAGGGUCAGUCCCAGCACUCCCAACCCCUCCGCUCGAUCUGCCUGCCUUUCCCCCUGGGCACUGGUGCCCAGCUCCCCUCAGAACGCCAGGCGAGCACAAGGACUCGGACAGCAAUUGUUUGUUGCACAUGUCAGACAGGGUGUUUGUUGUGAAGCAGACAGCAGAGGGGCCCCGAUAGCAGUUACCUCAAGAAAUGACUCGGUUCGUCCACUGGAAGAAGAAAUCAGACACCUCAAGGAACAAAGUCGACUACUGAGCACAUUAUGGAACUUUUGAUUAUUUUUUUUUUCAAAAACUCCCAUUAUGGUGCAAUACUACAUUAGAGUGGGUAUGCGUGCAUGCAAUUUUUUUUGUCAUCUUUAUUAUUUCCUAAUCUCUUGACUGUCGUCUAAGCAAAAGGCAGGGGCCUAACCUCUAGCACUUGAGCUACUCUCCUCCUUUUGUGUUUUCCCACAGGACUUCGAUAGCCUUCCAGUUAAAUCUAUCAGGACUGUGUGACUGAGUGAACAAGAGGGAAGGUUCUCUCUAUCCUCUACAAUUUAUUUAAGGGGACCUGUCCAGCUCUUGUCGCUUAUAGCGAAACUACGGUUUAGCACUGCAGAGAGCGUAUGUUUAUUGGUAGAUAAUCACUGGGUUUGAAAAUUUUAAAGGCAAGUUGAAUCGACCAUUCUUCCCCACCCUGAUUUUGGGGUGGAAUGUGAUUGUGAGUAAUUUUUGCAAGUGGCCUGUUUCUUUCUGCUACUGCGUUGUGCUCUGUAAUAACUGUUGGUCUCGCCAUGCUGAGAAAAGACGGCCGCUGUUAACUCUCCUCGCACCUGCGUUUAAACCCGCAGAUCUUAAACUCGCCACCAACAUAAAGUUUCUUUCUGCCCAGGGCCCAAACAGCCUGACAAAUUGCAGCUUCUCUUUUGCAUGUCCCACCUCUCCUAAAACGUUUCCAAGCUGUGUUUAAGCGCAGGCCAGGGAGAUUAAAUGUCAGCGGGAAUAGCAUUUCAUCCCCAAACUCCCCCACCCUCCCCAACACACCACCACUACCAACAGCAAAAAAACUUGCUCAGUACAGCUGUCCACCUUCCCUCAGGAUGCUUGUCACUGAUUCUCUUCAGUUUAUCCUCCAAGAUUUAGUGGGAUGAUGGACUGACGUAGGGAGGGGUGAGUUGCAACUUUUAAGUAGCCCGGGUCCUAUCAGCAGAUACAGGUCCUAGGUAGCUGAGCAGCCUGUGUGUGCGCAUCAUCUUGCCCCCUUGAGAGGAAUGCAGUUGCAUAGAUUGAGCAAGGGCGCAGAGACGAGAGAACCGAUUUUAAAUCAUUCUGUGAGGCCUACACGCAACGGGGAAAGAAAUUGCAAAACAUCCUCGCCACAAACAGUUGGGAAAUAAGGUCUUUUUUUUUUUGGGCUGCACUGAUGAACUGCCUUAAUGCACGCUCAAAAUGACAGAAGAGGCGCUGUGUAUUUGCUGAAUAAUGUGGGUCUUGUAACAAGAUGAUUCUGCGCGAGACAUUGCACAUCUAUCCUUUAAAAGAGCAUUACUAUUUCAUUUGAAAAUACAAUACUUUAAUUAUUUUCCUGGCAUAGUCCUGUUCUGUUUCCGGAUUGUACCGACGGAGUGCAAAUUGUCCACACACUGGCUUCCUGGAGUAUUGCAAAGCGACACACAAAGGAAUCUUUUUUUUAAAAAAAAAAGCAGAAGUGCUUGGAAAUAAUCAGCAAGUCAGGCAGCUUCUGUAGAGUGAGAAAUAGAGCGCACGUUUCGGGGCUGUGACCUCAAAAUUCCCAGAUGCUCGCUGGCCUGCUGAGUGCUCCCAGUGUUUCCUGUUUACCUUUUUUGCAUUUCCAAACUCCUUUGCUUAUGCACUUGAAGGAUUCCUUUCGUGUGUUUGGCUUUUCCUGCUCUCGCUGGCUUUUGAAUCUUACUGAAAGCUCAGGCUGAAAUUGCAAGAAUUCUAGGUUUCAGACGAUCACAACAAUUUAUGCCACGGCUGGGUGCUGAUUGUUUGACACCAAAAAAAUGUGGAGCUGGAAAAGCACAGCAGGUCAGACAUUGCAAGAAACUCAACGUUUCGGGUCAGAACCCUUCUUCAGGCUCUGAAGAACAUGGAGCGUUGACUUUCCUGCUCCUCGGAUGCUGUCUGACCUGCUGUACUUUUCCAGUUCCACAUUUUUGUUUUGACUCUAGCUUCCAGCAUCUGCAGUCCUUUUCUGUCUCCUGAUGGGUUGGCGAGUUGAUUCCAAUUGGUCAAAGCAGUUGCCGGGCGUAGUUGCUCCUGGGUAGUUCAAAAAAGAGGUUUGAGUCUCAAAUGUAUCCCUUUCAUUUGGAGACAGCACGUCCCCAAGCAUAAAACGUGUGUCGCUCCUACUGAGUGUAAAUAAGGCGUGUGGCAAGCUUGAUCGUUGCUUUAAUUGUGUCAACAGCCUGGCCAAUCAGAGUCACCUUGGCAACCGAUCAGCACCUUCACACUGCCAGAGGACAAACUGUUGUGAUGCUUUGGAAUUUGGUAUUCUUGCAAUUGGUCCUGAUGAGAAAAAAGGUUCAGGAACAGCUCUCGCUCUCUCGCUCUCGCUCCGUCUCUCUGUCUUUUCAAGAUUCAAGUUCCAAACCGCCAGGUGACUGGAGUACAAUUUCCCCAGCAUUGUGCUCCAGACCUCAGAUGAGUACUAGAGUAAUAGAGCAUGGAAGCAGACCCUUCGGCCCAACUAGUCCAGGCCAACCAAAAUUCCCAAACUAAACUAGUCCCACCUGCCUGCUCCUGUUCCAUGUCCUAUUCAGGUAUUUACCCACAAAUGGCUUUUAAACAUUGUAACUGUUCCACAUGUGAAUCACCCUCUAUAUUAAAAAAAAAUGAGGGGCAAAUUUUUUUUUAAAAUCUCUUUCCUCUCACCUUAAAAAUGUGCCCCCCCCCCAGUCUUGAAAUUCCCAAUCGUAGGGAGAAAGAUAACUCUCUCUAUACCCCUCAUGAUUUUAUAAACUUUAUAAGGUUGCCACUCAACCUCCUAUGCUCCAGUGGAAAACAAGUCCCAGCCUUUCCUUAUAACUCAGACCUUCCACACCUGGCAACAUCCUGGUAAAUCUCCUCUGAGCCCUCUCCAGCUUAAUAAUAUCCUGCUUAUAGCAGGGUGACCAGAAGUAGACACAGCACUCCCUCAUCAAUGUCCUAUACAACAACAUCAACGUGAGCUAUGGCUUACAGGCUGAUGAAUAGCCACUGGGUUGCUGGUGAUACCAUAGUGUCUGCACUUCAAAAGCUCCUAUGCCUCUCAGAAUCAUCUCAGCACAGAAGGGAAGCUAUUUGUGUUGUUAUAUCUGCACCUCCCCUCUGCCAUCUCCUGUGCACCAUUCCCCUGCUUUCUCCCUGUGGUGUUCUCAGGUAAUGGGGGCAUCUUUGGGCCUUCUCAUGCCUGUACAGGGGUUCUAUAGCAACACAAAUCUGUUCCUGCUCAGUCCUCAAAGGGGGCUACCAAUGCUAAAAGCUAAAAACCGGAGACCUGGGUGAGGAGACAAAGUAACUUGGACACCUUGCACAGUUUCAUAUAAGCUUUUAUUUGUGUUCCUAUAGCCAUUAGAGGGCAGCAGUUAGCUUUGUAAAGGAUUGGAAUUAAGCAUGUUGUAUGAUCUCUGUAUGGUGCACAGUUCUGGGUUUCCCAUUGUAUGUAGCUGCACUGGAAAAGGUGCAAAGAUUUAUGAAGUUGACACCAGAAUGGAGAGGUUACAACUACCAGAAUAGGUGGAACAGGCUUUCUCGUGUAGGAAGCAGAAGGCUGUAAUAGGGUCCUGACCCGAAACGUCAGCUCCUCUGAUGCUGCCUGGCCUGCUGUGUUCCUCCAGCUUCACACUGUGUUAUCUCAGACUCCAGCACCUGCAGUUCUUACUAUCUCUCUGUGUAAUAUGACCUGACAGGUUUUUGAGAAUGUUCAGUAGGGCAGAUGUAGAGAAGACUUUUCCAUUUGUAAGAGACACCAGACUAAAGGGCUAUCGAUAUAAGACAGUCACUGAUAAAUCCAAAGCAAAAACAAGAGACACAGCAGGAGAGGAAAACAGAAUUUACACAAUCGAGUCCGGUGAGCCCUUUGUCAUAACCAAAAUAAAUCCAAUUGGGAAUUCAGGAGAGAUA